AUGGAGCCUCUGUGCAUCGGUGGCGAGGGAGCCGCUCACGGGGGCGGGGCCCGGCCGGGUCGCGGCCCCCCCGAAGGGAGCGACGCCCGCGAGGCGGGCGGGGAGGCCCGAGAGCCGCCCCCCGGAGCCGCCGGACCGGGGACCCCGCGAGAGGCCGACGGAGGAGCGGGCCCGCAGGGCAGCGGCCGGCAGGAGCACGGGGAGCCAGACGCGGAGGAGGGUCCGGCCGGGCUCCCGGCCGGUGGGCCCGGCGAUGGCGCCGCCGUCGCCGCCGCCGGCCCGGCCAGGGCCCCCCUGGACUUCUUCUUCGGCAGCGGCACCGCCGCCUCGCGACGGACCGGCGGGAGCCGGGGUGAUCCCGACCAGGACCACCUGCUCCUCAAGAAGACGCUUCUGCCCGUCUGGAAGAUGAUUGCCAGUCACAGGUUCAGCAGUCCGUUUCUAAAGCCGGUGUCAGACCGGCAGGCCCCGGGGUACAAGGACGUGGUGAAAAGACCCAUGGACCUGACCAGCCUGAAGAGGAGCCUGUCCAAGGGGCGGAUCGGCAGCGCGGCCCAGUUCCAGAGGGACCUCAUGCUCAUGUUCCUCAACGCCGUCAUGUACAACGCCGCCGACCACCACGUCUACCGUAUGGCCGUGGACAUGCAGAGGGAGGUCCUGGAGCAGAUCCAGGUGCUGAGUAUCUGGCUGGACCGGCAGAGAGAGAUGAGUGGCCUUGACUAAAUCCUCUCCCUCCAGAGCUGGGAGAGCCAACUUAAUCCCAGCGCCCGCCCGGGGCCCUUCGGGUCCCGGGCGGGCGGCCUUCUACCUCACCCCUUAAAUACGGCGGAAUGAACCAGAGAUGACCAAAGUCGUAUUUCCUAGAUGACCGAAGUCAGAUUUCCUGCCCAACCCACCGACUGAAUGUUUUCCAGAAACUUAAAUAAAUGUUUGUUGAAGAAA